CAUCCGACACUUGUCAGCUUUGACGGCAAAUAACCCUAAAGUUCGAUGUUUUGGUUCUAAAAAUAGCGAUUACCCAUUGUUCCAUUGUUCCUGUGUUUGUUUUGCCGUGUUUUCCUGUUCAUUUGUGUGUUUCACUGCUCCGGGCCAGCGAUGUUUGGGCGUAAGAAGCCCGAGAGGCCGAAGCGGGACCGUUCGGGCAAUCUGGCUCAGUUCGGCCUGUUCGACGUGCCAGCCGACUUCCAACCGAUGGGCGGCUCCGUGGACUCGGACGGGGGCGACAGCGACCUCGAAGCCGAGCUGGCGGCCCUCACAGGCGGCGGCAGCCACCGCCCCCAGCCCAAAAAGGCGCAGAAGCAGCCGCUGCCGCAACACCAGGUUGAACAAAUAGUGGCGGGCACGCUGAAGGACAUCGACGCCGCUGUUGAAGACGAAGAGGUGGAUGAAGAUGAUCCGGCCCUGUUGAGCGAAUUGCAGGAGAUCACCGGUGAGGAAGUGGCGGAGGAGGAGCCGGCGCCGCCCACUGCAGCGGUAUCGGCCGAAGUCGUCGACACUUUAGCCGCCCGAUUGAAGGCCUACCAGGAGCUGGAAAAGGCGGCCAGAGAGGCCGGGGAAAUCAGCAAAGCCAAACGCUUUGGCCGCGCCCUCAAGACCCUGAGCGACCUCCUGAAGACCGCCCGAGCUGGAGGGCCAGUGGACCUGAGCGACAGCGCCGUCCCCCCAGAGAUCCAGCCAAAGCCCUCAGCUGGCAACCAUGCAAAGGAGCAGGCGGCCGAAGUCCAGAAGGCCGUGGACGAAGAACUGCUGGCCAUGCUUUUAGCCAGACAAAAGGAGUACAAACUGGCAGCACUGCAGGCGAAAAAGGGCGGCAACAGCGAGCUGGCGAUAAAUCACCUGAAAAUUGCCAAAGUCUUCGACCAUGUGAUCGAAGCGGUGAAGCGGGGCGAAGCGGUCGAUCUGUCCGAUAUGCCUGGACCGCCGGGCGAGCCCAGAAUCCAGGAAAACGAGCGCCAGCAAAGCGGCAACACUGACAACGCGCCAGAGCCGCAGCCCCUCCAGGCCGGCACCAUCGAGGAGGCGUUGCAGCAAAGGUUGGAGUUCUACAAGGCGCACGAGCAGCAGGCCAAGGACGAGGCCAACAGCAGCAAAGCGCGCAGGUUCGGCCGCAUUGUCAAGCAGUUCGAGCAGGCGUUGAAAGCGCACCGCGCAGGCAAAGGGGUGGAGUUUGAGGAGCUGCCCACGCCCCCUGGAUUUGCGGCCAUUCCGGUGCCGGGGGCGCCGCCUGCCGCUCCGCCCACUACCAGAGAAGCGCCGCCCAUUCCGAAGCCCAGCCCAUCCAGGGCGUCUGGCAACAAACUGUCCACCACGCACCAGGAAAAGCAGGUGCUGAUCCUGCAGGCGAAACAGAAGCAGUUCAAGGUGGCCGCCCUCAAUGCGAAGAAAAAGGGCGAACUGCUGCAGGCCAAGGAGUUCCUCAAGCAGGCCAAAGGCUUCGAUCGGCUGAUCGAAGCCGCCGAGGGCGGCCUUCCAGUCGAUUGGGCGACCAUUCCCGUCUCGCCCGAGGCGAAGUCCCAGCUGGACAACGAGUACGACAUCGUGAUGGCCGACGAAUGCACGGAAACUGCGGACAGCGACAGCGACCUGCUUUCCCGGCUGGAAACACAGCUGACCAAGCAGAUGAAGAUGUGCCUGAGCACGCGCGACCAUCACAAAGCCUUGGGCGAUGUGGCCGGGAUGAACAGAUUCGAGCGGCUGGCCCUCAAUGUGACCAAGGAUCUGGAUGUGGUGCGAGUGGCCAAGCGAACCGGGCGCGCCCCUCCAAAGUUUCACUACGAAACCAAGGAGUUUUCGAUCGUGAAGAGUUUCACCGAGCUGACCGACAACGAACUGGAACUGCUGAUCGUGCGCGGCAUCAACUACCGCAGCAACAACCCCAAAGACAUCGACACUUACGUGAAGUUCGAGUUUCCGUUUCCGCAGGACGCGCCCCACUCGAGCUGGACGUCCACCGUCAAGGACACGAACAAUCCAGAGUACAACCAGACGUUCAUCGUGCCGAUCCAGAGGAGCUCGCGUCAGUGCCAGCGCGUGUUUAAGAGGCACGGCAUCAAGUUUGAGGUUUACUCCAAAGGCUGCGGCUCUGGUUGCGCUAGCUGCAUCUUUUCCGGUUUCAGUGGGCUGUUCCGCAGCGACUCCCUACUGGGCAGCGUCAACUUGAAGCUGCAGCCGCUCGAAACUGUUUGCGAGCUCCACGACAGCUUCGAGCUGAUGGACGGCCGACGGAAGACCGGCGGCAAAUUGGAGGUGCGUCUGAGGCUCCGCAGCCCCAUCGUCACCCAGCAGGUGGAGCAGAUCCAGGAAAAGUGGCUCAUUGUCGACCAGUAGCGCCCCCAAUCAGUCCAGUCAGUGCGGUCGAUGCUGAUGCCUUCUGUAUUAACUAGGCUAGAGGUUUAAGUAGGGUUUGGCCCUAUUUGGGGCCGGCGAUGUAAAUAUGCUGAAUGCGCCCGAUGGGGAGGUUGGCGCGAUUAAAGACCGGGCAGGAGCACGAGGACUUUCACAGUAAA